AUGGACCGACGACGCCACAGCCUUGUACAGCGGCGGUGCUCAGCCACCAGUUGCUCAAAAACCCGCCACCAAACAGAUUCAACUUCACGAUUCGGCAUCAUCGCAAUCGCAGCGAUCAACCCAUCAUCGAGGAGAGCCAACGCCCGCGCCGACGCGAACGCAAACCACGCUCCCCGCCAAGCCCAGCACCGUGCAUACACACAGCGCAACGCCGAGGCAUCAGCCAUGCCGCCCAAGCAGCCUACGAACUGGCGCCUCUGGACCAAAGUCCUAGUCGGCGGUGUAGCAAUCAGCGUGGGAGGACCCCUACUGACCAUGAGACUCACGCCGACCGAGGACGAGCUGCGCGCAAAGUACAACCCGGAUCUGCUCAAGAAGAGCAUCGAGACGAGGGAGGAGCGACAGCAAGAAUUCGAUGAUUUCGUGACGAGGCUGAAGGAGUAUUCCAAAUCGGAUAAACCGAUCUGGAUCGUGGUCAAGGAGGAGGAAGAGAGGCGCAAAAAGGCCGUGCUGGAAGCGGCCAAGGUGCAGCAGAAAGAGGCGGAUGCUCGCCGGGAAGAAAUGCGACGCGAGGCCGGCCUGGGCUCCAAGUAA